AUGAGUGGUGACAACAGCUUAUGGUGCAAUGUUCUUAGAAGAAAAUAUGGCAGAGGAAAUCAAGACUCCAACUGGGAUAUCGGAAAUGGUGAGAGUGUGGAUGUUUGGCAUGAUGUGUGGCUCCCUUCAGGAGCAAUUGCAAAUACUAUAGCAACUACGCAUGACGAUUUUCCCGCUAUCAAAGUUGCCGACUUGAUCAUGAGCAAUGGAGAUUGGAACAUUGGGUUUCUUUCUAAUUUAGUUCCUCAACAUGACAUUGAUGAGAUUGUGGCUAUUCACCUGCCUCGGUAUAGUAAUGGUGACGAUAUCCGUUUGUGGAAAGAAAUUAAACAAAGAGAUUUUUUGUUGCUGGUGCUUAUCGACUUCUCAGCCCCAACAGUUGUGAUCACAAUGAGAACAUAA